GUGUUUAACGGUUACCACUCAAUCGAUAAACAAAUACAGUUACUGAAGAUAUGUUACAGCUUGUACCUGGUUGUCGCGGGCUUUUUUAACAUUAAAUACACUUAAACCGAAAGUGAUUUAUUUCAUUUGAAUAAAUGCGAAACAAUAGACGAUUAUUUAGACAAUCUUAUGGUCAGUAGAUGUUUAAAAAGUACUAUUACAUUGACUUAUGUAGGCAAACACCAGAACGGUUAAACAUGGAUUAAAUAAAAACGGAAUUUCUUUACAGAUAAUCAGAAGUGAUGUCGGACCGGCACCAAAUAAAUCAGAACAGGAGCCCGGACUAUAACGACAGAUAUCAAUCAUUGCCUGAUAGAACUUCUUCCAAAUCCAGAAGCGAUGCUCGAGAAAACAAGGAUAUUCUCCUCAGAGAUCUGCUGGGACUUUUGUCGACAGAUGUCCAGGAACUAGUAACUUCUUUAUGGAAGCAUUUGGAUAACGAACCAGGACAAAAUCGCGAUUUACAAUCAAAAGAAAGUGAAAUCUUAAAAUUAAAGAAAGAUAUCAAAGCUCUUCAGGAUGAAAAUGACAGGCUUAAACUUAAAGUUUCGACUACAAUGCAAACCGAAGUAGACGCAAAGAUAAAAUCACUUCAAAAAAAGAUCA